UUGUCCAAAACACUAGUCCGUUUGUGCACCCGGGCGCUGACAUCCGUGAAUUUAAUGGACAGGACUUCGUGACGCCGCGGCUGUAUCGCGCCGGAGAUAUAACGCCACCAGAGAGGCCCUGGAGAAUAAUGAGAGCCGCGACAGCAGGUCGUUAGUGGUCAGUACGUGUCAACGCCGCACGUCCGAUGUAGUUAAUAUGGCGCGGUGAAGGGUGAGGCGCACGAGAAGCCAGGAAGGCUUGGUGAUAGAUCGAGGAGGUGCGUCCCUGAUGAGGUAGAAUUAUCGAAGCUACUCCUGCGUCAGCCUUCAGCUACGGCACGCGCAGGAAGCAGCGUCGAUUAGAGCGCUUGAUGUAUGGGGCUGGGGUCAUCUCCUCCCCCAUCUCCUCCUCCGUCAGUCCGUCCCCAUCUGUCUUUUUCGUCUUUGUCUGCUCGAGAUGGCUGGCGCAUCUAUGGCAACCCAGUCGGGCUUGCCUGAUCAGAGGCAGGGCAAGGUCCACCAGAGGGACCUCGGUCGCCAAAGAUCAGAGAGCCCGCUCUUCACGAUGUUCGACAGCCCUUCCCCGUCAUCUUCACUGUCUGAGCCAAGCUCCGACAAAUCCUUCUCCAGCAGCGGCACUCCGCCCCGCAAGGAAAUUGGUGGUGAUGAUUCGGACUUUGAGGCUCCUCUGCAGUCUCGCUUCUCCUCGUCCUCUUCCUCCUCUUCAUCGUCCGCCUCUUUUUCUUCUUCCUGCUUCUCCUCCCUGCGCUCCUCGCCCUCUUUGCCUCACCUGUUCUCGUCGCCACUGCAAGCUGGCGCUGCGGUCCGAGUGAGAGCGCGCAGAGGAGGGUCCAGAGCUGGUCAAACUAUGAGGCAGAGAGAAUGCAUGAGCACCCAGGCACAACCACAACCAAAGCCUUUCCCAUUGGACUAUCCGUCUGCUAUACCGCUGCCCGAGCCGGACAAGUUCUACGAUGUCACGCCUGUCAUCAGGGACGAGGAGUUGUGCAUCGAGCACUGGCUGGUACACACGCUCGACUGGCCCGUCGGUGACAAUGUAGACCCGCUCCAUUUUGACCUUCAGCGACUCCAAAAGACGCUGCGAGCCUACGCGCUGAGCGAGACCAAGUCCAAGUCCACUCGUGCCAAGGAAGACGACGACUUCAUCGAUGUUCGUCUGGGUGGGCCAAAAUAUGCCGAUUGGGUCACUAAGCGCUGGUCAGCACCUUCGCUUCGUCCCAUGACCUUUCAUACGACCGAUUCGCUUUUGUAUGCGCUGGGAUUAUCGUCGACUGCUCAUUCGACACCGAUCUCUGCAUUGGGACCCUCCCUUUCAGACUACGUCUCGAGAGGCGCCGCGACCCUCUCCUUGUACUCGAUAAUGCAGAGGAACCAGCGCAUCUCCUUUGCUGCUUUGCCUUUGAAUCGUGUCGUGCAAGAAGCAAGCAGAAUUGUGCGAGGAAGUGGGCACUUCCAAGCGAUCCUCUCGCUCGAAGGCGACAAGCGCAAGACUGAGGAUCCGUCAAAGCAGCUUGACCUCCAUCGAUCUUUCGAUUUGUGCGAAGCCGUCGUCGUCAAGCUCCUCGAGCUCGAGUGGAACAGAUUGACGGGCCAGAUGACCGAGACCCACAGUGGAAGGAACGAUAUGAGCGGUAAGGGGACAGAGAAAGAGGGAAGCGGCUCCCGAGACACGAAUGAAGAGAGCAAGGUGGACCAGACGAUCAAUGCGUUCAACUGCAUCAUUGGAGUAGCCAACUCCCGAAUCGGCGCGCGAGAGUCGGACGGGAUGAAUAGAAGUAAAAAGAGCACCGCCAACCUGGACGCCUCGAGCAAAUUGAUCGUUGGGGAGGGCACAACACGAGACGAGAACGAGACGCCUGGCAGAAUGACAGGAGAAGGAGAAAGAAAGGUCCGUGUCGUUGAUGAGCGCAAGGCCGAC